UUAUUUAGAAUUUGGGAAACCUUAUAAAUUAAUGCUUUUUGGAACAACUAAAAAUAAAAAUUGGUGGAUGAUACAUUCUUGUAGUGUUUCUUCUGUUGAUAAUUCUGUUAGAAUUGAGUUAAUUGAUUCAAAUGGCUGUUCUCUCGAUCAAAAAUUAAUUUCCAAUUUCCAAAUGCAAACAACAAUAACCCCAACAUUACGAACUUUUUCCAAAAAUUCUCUAAAUAAUUCCCAACUUUCAACAACACCAAAAACAGUUUUAGCUUCAGCAUUUAUUCCCUCAAUUUUUAAAUUAGAUUCGGAAAGUACAACAAUAAGUGGGGAUUUGUUGAAAUUUGAAUGUUUAGUUGAACCUUGUAAUGGGAAAGAAAUACUUUGCAAUUUCCCUCAGGUUUAG